AUGGAAAAGGAAAAGUGGAAGGAGCGGCGCGAGUUAGCCGUGCGUGAGCUGUUCUGCCUCAAAAAGGUUCACUCUUUUAGGCAUAUUCGAGAGGAAGAAUGUAACUUUCUAGUCAAGAAACUGUCGGAAUCCGCCGCGGAUGGGUCUCCCGUUGACUUAAGCAAAGCCCUUUUCUGGCUAACCGCGAGUAUCCUGUAUCUGUUUCGAGUUGCCUUCGGACAAAACUUCCACGAGAGCAAGUUUAUCGAUAAAGAGAAGAUCAAAGAGCUAGUGUUCGAAGCAGAGACUGCCCUAGGUAGUUUCACUUGCUCUGAUUUCUUCCCAGUUGCUGGACUUGGAUGGCUCGUUGACUGGCUUUCAGGACAACACAAGCGGCGCAAUGAUGUUUUCUUCAAGCUUGAUGAUCUGUUUCAACGUGUGAUCGAUGAUCAUUUGACUCUUGAAGAUCAUAAGAUCACCAAGACAUCAUCGACUCUAUGUUGGAUAUGA